AUGGGUCAAUCAUCCACAACUUGUAAUAACGGAGAUUCCGAUCUGAAUCUCAUUGGAGAUGAAGAGGAACACCUCGUAUCUAGAGGCAAAUCAGGCAAGCGAAAAGAUCGUAUGAGAAGUGUUUCAUCUUCUCCCAACAAUAACCAAAACACCAGCAACCACUCAAACCCCUCCUCAGAAUUAUCAUCCAUGACAACUCAACAAACAAUAUCACCAUUCAUCGAUGAAAAAUCUAAGUGGUCGAACGAUCCCUCGUGGAGAGAUGAUCUGAUAAAUUUAGCGUAUGGAGUGAAGAAGCAAUCGACUAGUUCGAAUGUGAAAAUUCGAUUGUUUGACAAGGUGGCUGUGAGUGUUGUGGCCACUGCCAUUUGUUCCUUUCUUGACAUUCGAAGUGUUAUUUAUUUAAUGCAGGGAACUAAUCGUGAAAUAUAUGACCAGAUUCGAAAGUCAAUCACACACUUUUAUUAUAUUCCAAUGUUACCAGAAGAAGAGGAGGAGGAACAAUUAGAUGAUAGUUAUUUCCCUGAAGAUUAUCAAAAACCAAAACAACCACCAAAGCAAAAACCAAAAAUUUUAUUUCCUCCCAAACACGCCAAUUCUUGGUUUUGGGAACCAAUAUUAGCUCAAUUCCCUAAUUUACAACAAGUUAGAAUUCCUCAGUUGUAUAUUUUAACUCAUUAUUUUGAUCUUGAUGGAUAUUUGAAAACAUUGAAGAAUUUACAGAAUUUUAAUAACACAUGUCUAGACCACAAGUAUUUGAAAACAUUCCCAAGUUAUUCCAAAAUAACUCUCAAUCAAGAUUACACAUCAUUAUUGGAAAGCGACACUUUUGAAUUGAUAGAAUCAUACAGACAUGUUCACACGCUUCAAUUACAUUGCGUGAAAAACGUCACAAAUGCCAUGCUGAAUCGGUUCUUACAACACUUCCCUAAUUUAAAAUCGUUGUCCAUUACAACAUGCCAAUUUGUGUCUCAAAUAUCUACACCACCACUUCAAAGGCCAAUACUUCCCUACCUUGUAGAUCCAUCAUGCACCAUUGAUUUUACUGGACUCAUCACCACUCACCUUGAAGAACUUUCAAUUUUGUGUAAUCAGAGUAUUUAUGAUGUCAACACCAUCCUACAUGCUGCAGAACAAGGAAAGUGUCCAAAGCUUGUUCGAUUCAGAUACAGUUCAACGACCAAUGUAAAUGGAGCUCUGCAAUUAGAUGCUCUACUUUCAAAAAGUAGUCAUUAA